GGCUUGAAGCAGGCGGCCGGGGCCGGAGGUUUGGGCACAGUCACUCGCUGGCUCCUCGCGAAGAAGCCGCAGCUCCGGAUCCCUCUCGGGGCACUCCAGGCCUCGGCAGCCGCCAGGUUGGGGGGUCCCCAGCCCGGGCAGGCAGCUGCCCCCUCCCCGCUCCCCACCAUGAGCGGCUCUUUCGAUAAAAAGCUCACCAGCAUCCUGACGGACCUGUCGGGCUCGCUGAGCUGCCAUGCAGCCUCCAAAGACUCGCCCACCCUGCCGGAGUCCUCCGUCACCGAUUUGGGCUACUACACUGGCCAGCACGACUACUACCCGGGCCAGCCGUACGGGCAACCCGUGGGCCACUAUCCCUACCCUCAGUUCAACCUCAACGGCAUCGCCGCCGCCGGCACUUACUCGCCAAAAUCCGAAUAUUCCUACAGCCCCUCGUACCGCCAGUACGGCCACUUCAGGGAGCAGCAGCUGCCGGCGCAGGAAGCAGUGUCCGUGAAGGAGGAGCCGGAGCCCGAGGUGCGGAUGGUCAACGGGAAGCCCAAGAAGAUCCGCAAACCCCGCACCAUCUACUCCAGCUACCAGCUGGCCGCCCUGCAGCGCCGCUUCCAGAAGGCGCAGUACCUGGCGCUGCCCGAGCGCGCAGAGCUGGCGGCUCAGCUGGGGCUCACCCAGACCCAGGUGAAGAUCUGGUUCCAGAACCGGCGCUCCAAGUUCAAGAAGCUCUACAAGAACGGCGAGGUKCCCUUGGAGCACAGCCCCAACAACAGCGACUCCAUGGCCUGCAACUCCCCCCCCUCUCCGCUCUGGGACAGUCCCGGGGGCAGCAGCAGCAGCGCCCGGACCCCGCUGCCCCAACCGCUGCCCUACAACUCUUCCCCGGGAUUUUUGGAGGAGCACAACCCCUGGUACCACCCUCAGAACCUCGGGGGACCCCACGGACCCCACCAGGCGCAGGCGGCGCCCCCGAUGCACCAUCCAUCCCCCGGGCCCCCCAGCACGGGCGCCGUGUAUUGACACCCCAAAGACGCUGCACGAUUCCUUGGCUUCCCUUUUUUUUCUU